GACCGAGAUCCAGCGGGCGAUCCCACUGUGACUUUUAUUUCCAAGUCCUGGAAUCCGGAAUCGGACUGAUUGGAAUCACACAUGGAUUAUGCGUCUUUCUCCGCGUUUGGUGCGUUUUUGCCAUAGAGAGGAAACUUUGCCCCGCAACUGUUUUCAAGUGGACUACGUUCUAGUGUCGGAGCCAUGUUGUGCUCGCUGAGAUGGACUGUUGUCCUCUGGAGUUUAAACAUCAUUCACUGCACGUUUGGAAUGGCAGUGAGUGAACAGACAGACGGCUCUUGUCCCCCUCUGAGCGUGGAGGAGCGCAGGUUUACCGAUGCUUUAGAUCGUCCCUUGGAAAUCACAGGAUUCGAUCUCACAGAAAAGUUUCUUCUUCGAAAGGGCACGAUCACGGAAGACCUGCCGUCCUUUCGUUUAGGAAGCAGUCCACUUAUUAAGCCGACAAAAUUCAUAUUUCAAAAUGGACUUUCAAGUGAGUACUCCCUCGUCACCACCUUCCGGGUCAGAAGAACGACAAAAAAAGACCGCUGGUAUCUUUGGCAGAUUUUCGACCAAUCAGGAGGCAGUCAGGUGUCCGUUGUGGUCGACGGCGGCAAGAAGGUGGUGGAGUUCUCCUUCCAGGGUCUGCUGAAGAACACCCUGCGCUACACAUUCAAGAGCCGAGACCUGCACGCCCUCUUCGAUCGGCAGUGGCACAAGCUGAGCGUCUCCGUGCAGAGCAACAUUGUCUCCAUUUACAUGGACUGCAAGCUCAUAGAACGGAGGCUGACCGAUGAGAAGGACGACUUGGACCCCAGUGGGCGAACGCUCAUCACCACACGGGUGGAGGAUGGACGGCCUGUAGAUAUUGAACUCAGGCUAUUUCUAAUCUACUGUGACCCCUAUAUGGCGGAGAUGGAAAAUUGCUGUGAGCUGCUGGAACCAAAGUGUGAAGCCAAGAAGACGCUUAAUGGGACUUCCACUCCCCCGGUGACGGAGAAGCUUCCCCAGAUGCUUUCUCAGCCGGUCCUGCAGUCAAUGGACAGAUGUCUCUGUCCGGCAGAAAAGGGAGAUGCGGGUCUUCCAGGGAUAGUCGGACUAGCAGGAGAAAAGGGGGAUACGGGAGACAAGGGGGACCUGGGGGAAGCCGGGCCGACAGGAAACCUAGGACAUAAGGGAGAAUCUGGAUCAGAAGGGCAAAAGGGAAUCGAUGGGGAGAAGGGUCUGAAAGGUGACCUGGGGCCAAUUGGUCCAGUUGGUCCCAAGGGAAGCAAAGGGGAUGUGGGUACGCCUGGAGCUCCGGGGCUGCCUGUUGACAAAGAAUGUCUCAAAGGAGAUCAGGGCCCUCGAGGUGACAAAGGAGAAAAGGGACUGGCCGGGGUGCCGGGUCAGCCAGGGGAGCCAGGCAAGGAGGGCAAAAGGGGACGGAGAGGAAAGAGUGGGGAGCCUGGACCCAAAGGCCUGACUAGUCCCUCAGGAACCUCUGAAGGAGCAAGUAUCAAGGGGGAGAAGGGCGAGUCGGGAGUCCCGGCGGACAAAGGGGAGAGAGGAGACCCCGGUCAGCCAGGUGCAGAGGGUGCCGACGGAAUGAAGGGACAAAAAGGUGAUAUUGGCCCCCCUGGUCCUCCCGGUCCUGUGAUGACAGCUCAUGGAUUAAGACACCUCUCUGGAUCUGAUGAAAUGAAAGAGCGGAGCCAAAAAGGAGAGAAGGGGGAUCAGGGGGAGCGAGGAACACAAGGCUUCAAGGGAAACAUAGGGCCGCCAGGACUAAAAGGAGAUCAAGGACCAGCGGGGAAACAGGGCCUGCCUGGACCCACUGGACUCCCAGGACUCCCAGGCGAGCCAGGAUCGUCAGGGGAGCCGGGGGGGCCCGGGAGAGAUGGCCUGAAAGGAGAAAAGGGGGACUCUGCUGGAGUGAUGGCGCCACAGGGACCUCCGGGUCCCAAGGGUGAGCCUGGAGAACCCGGAGGCGGCUAUAUGGGCGACGGGUUGCCCCUAACCAGAGGGUCUCGCGGACCCAAGGGUGAGAGAGGUGUCCCGGGGUUGCCGGGAGAACACGGUGAAAAGGGCGAAGUUGGAGAGAGUGUCAUGGGUCUUCCUGGCCUCAUGGGACCCCCCGGAAAGCCGGGAAUCGAGGGCCCUCGUGGAUCAACGGGUUUAUCUGGCCCCCCUGGAGCUCCAGGAAGAGAGGGCUCCCCUGGUCGAUCAGGCCCCCCGGGCCCUCCUGGACCCGCAGGUGAACCAAUUGCUCUGCCACUCGUCGGAGACAUGGGAGCUUUACUCAAGAAUGCCUGCAGUGUGUGCCAGACGAGAGUCCCGGGCAUGCCCGGGCAAAGAGGAGAGAAGGGGACCCCCGGAGCGCAAGGAGUCGAAGGCAUGGUGGGAGAAAAGGGAGAUCCGGGUAUAAGAGGCCCUAUGGGUAACCCCGGGAAAGAAGGGCCAAAGGGGGUGAAAGGAGAGAGAGGGUUCCCAGGCCCGACAGGAGACAAAGGAGAUGAGGGGCCUUCAGGAGUACCAGGGUUGCCUGGUGUGACCGGUCGUACAGGGGCCCCGGGGCUGUUGGGAAGACCUGGUCCAUUGGGCCAGUCAGGAGGAAAAGGAGAUAAAGGAAACGAAGGACCCACAGGCAGACCAGGGCUCCCAGGGCCUCCGGGUGUACCCUACGUGGAGGGCAAUGGGAUGAGCAGUCUGUACAAGCUGCAGAGCGGUGGAGCUCUUUUAGGACCCCCUGGAGCUCCUGGUGCUCCGGGUCCCAAAGGAGACGAAGGGGUUGCAGGGGAACCAGGGGCCAUGGGAUUACCCGGGCUGGAAGGGCUACCCGGUGCCAAGGGUGAUAUUGGUUUGCCUGGUUCACCAGGGGCAUCAGGUCCUCCAGGGAAGCCCGGAACUCGUGGAGAACUGGGGAUCCCUGGAGAACCGGGUGAGCGGGGGCCGCUCGGAGAGACAGGAUUCCCAGGGCCUGAGGGACCCCAAGGUGUUCCUGGGAGGCCGGGCAAAGACGGAACUCCAGGAUACAAGGGAUCUUCAGGUACAGCAGGGGACAGGGGAUCCAAAGGAGAACGUGGCGAUACAGGGAUUUCUGGGGAAAGAGGCGUCCAGGGCGAGCGAGGUCGCACAGGAGACCCUGGCCCGAUUGGACCCCUGGGACCAGCUGGCCACAAGGGUGAUCCCGGCCCUCCAGGGCAGCUGGAGAGUUCAACCCUCCUGGGAGAUCCUGGCGUCAUGGAGGAGCUCAAAAUGUUUAUCCAAAACCAAGUACUGCGGAUCCUUGAAGAGAAGCUAUCGAGUGCUGCCAUGAUGCAGAAGACACCCGCAGGCAUCUUAGGUUCACAAGUUCAGGGGCCUCCAGGACCUCCUGGAAAGGACGGAUUUCCAGGCCCGCCAGGAGAGCAUGGACCUCCUGGUCCUCAAGGAUACAGGGGUCAGAAAGGAGAACGAGGGCAGCUUGGUCUAGGGUUACCAGGAGAUCCAGGAUCUACGGGAGCACCAGGUCCUCCUGGGAUCACUACUAAGGCCCCUCCUGGUUCUCCGGGGCCCCGCGGACCUCCUGGGACGUGUGACCCCGGCGACUGCCUCCCGCCAUCCUUAUGAACCCAACCCGAGUGGUUUCAGCUAAAGUCGUAAGAUGGACGUGCAGCUCUGAGAUCUGUGCAGCCGCAGCAGAGCAGGAGAAGAGUGGGCCUCACUGUCUCUGACAGCUUCCUCAGCUCCGGCUCAAUCAGACAACUGACCUCUUUAGUUCACUUCAGUCACAUUUGGUUGCAAGUCUGGGUUUUUUGUUUUUUUAUGGCAUUUCUGUCGGGUUUGUUUUCAGCUCACUGAAAACCUUUUGAGUUUAUUUAUUUUCCCAAUGGUUUUUACUUUAAAAGUUAUUUCUUGUUUUCACAUCCUCUACUGUGAUGUAAUGCAUUCCUUGUCAACUCUCAUUAUGUCUGUCAAGUUCAGUCAUGUCUGAAAACAUGAUCUUAAUUAGUUGUGUGCCUCCUUCCUAAUAGGUUUGCCUAUGCACUCUUCUGUUCUGCUCGUCUGUUAGUCAGAUAAGCCGGUGUGCUGGCAGAAGGUACAUCUCUUGUGUGUGUGUGUCUGUAUAUGUGUGUGUGAGCGACUAACUGAAUGAACGCUUACUUGUUUCAUGUGUAGGUGUGAGAAAACAACUGAUAUUUUAAACUUUAUGCAACCAAAGUGCAGCAGAUGUGGCUGAUAUGGAAAUUAUUUAUUUUAAGCGUGUUCUCGAGAAUGUAUUUGACUGAUGGUAAUAAUAACUGUAGUAAAUGUAGCAUGAUAUUCAGUAAUAUUUCUCAGUAAUAUGUUCUGGAUCACUGAGACAGCUGUUUGUUUAUUGAAAUCAUUGCUCAUGACACAUUUGCAUCAUGAUGGUUUCUGUAGAUUCUGCGUCAGGGCUCAGAGCUCGUCGCUGAGGUUUAUCUUUCUUUAUCUUUUAUAAAACAUAAAAACUUGUAACAACAUCAUUGGGACAUUUGGUGAAAAUAAUGUACUUCAAAUUUUCACAGGCUGUGAUGUGACCUCACAUUCACCUCUACUGUUGGUUUAUUCUGUAAAUAACAUGAACUCGUCCAAUGGAGUUUAUGAUGGGACCUUUUUAAUAACUGUUCAUGAGUUUAGUUGUAAUGUAUCAAUGUAGUGACCAUAGUCUGAAAAUAUAGAUACGUCUUCACUUCCUCCCACUAUUCAUUGCUGAAGCCAAAAUAUCCUGCAUAUGAACGCCACCAUCUUGAAGAUUUGAAGCCAGAGUGUGCAAGGAUGAAGUACCGAGGUCACGUGAUUGACCAAUCGCAAGUCAGUCUCGGCUGUUUAUAGCAUCAAAUAACUAAUUAAAAAUAAAACUUAGUAAAAGACUGAAACCGUCAAUGAGAAACAAUUAUUUGACGUGUGAUUUGACUUUUUAGUUUGGUCUAUGUCCCAUCUGAUAACAUGGUGGAGGUAUGAUUUAUGAUCUAUACUGCAUUGAGCCACCAGGUGGCGAUCAACACACUUUGGCUUCGCUUUUGGGGAGAGUUGUGUGGUCAUCUUUAUUCACAGUCUAUGAUGAAGUCUUCACAUUUGUUUUCAAUCAUACAUCAUUGAAAAUGUAGUUUUUUUGUCUAACGUAAUUAUUAACAUAUAUAUUGUUUACAUAGUGUCGUGUAUGAUGAUUUCUCUGGUUUAUUUGUAUAUUUUUGAUUCUCAGCCACGCAAAGGAAAUCGGACGACUUCACUACUAUUUCUCAUUUCUGUGAAUCCUUCUCACUCAUUAACAUACUUGAACUUUUUUGUUUGUUUUAACAAUAAUAUCGUGGUCUAGUCUACAUCCUGGAUUCACUCACUGACCAACUCCAUGGGUCAUUGUAUAGUUUUGUUGUAUGGGUGGGGGGGUCUCUUUAAGACUGGAGUUUUGAUGUAUUUAUUUGCUUGUAACAGGUUUCAGAUUCAUUGAAAUGUUUUCAGCUUGUUUCAGAAGGUUUCAGUCGGCUUUGCCUGAACGGGCCAUGUGAUAUUUCUGAAACAGAAACUCACACGUGGAGGUUGGAAUAUACUUCGAAAUGAAAUCACACUGAAAAUUUAAUCUCGAACUAUAUUCAAACCUCCACAUGUGAGUCACUGAAAUUUGGCAGACAAUAUUUUCCAGUAUGUAAACUUUACAUUUAAAUUAAUUUACCAUUUAAUUAUUGUGAGGAAAUUCAAAAAGCAACCUCAACUAUAUAAUUACACUCGAGGUUUGUGUUGCAGCAAAGAUAAUUAUUUUCUCGUGUUUUUUUUCUUUCCUCAGGCUUUCACUCCGAGCGCUGUUUAAUGAAAGUUUGACUCAAAGGCUUAAAGUUGAAUUUUAAGUGUCCUGCUAUGAUGAAUGUUUGAAAGGUUCUGUGGGAGUAUCUGACAUUUAUGUGAUGCUAAGAACUUCCCUCUCUUCUCGUUUCAUCCUUUAAGAUCUGUAUGACACUUUUCCUUUUUUUUUUCUUUUUACCUCACAUCAAGCUUCUCUUACGCAUGUAAGCUGCAGAGAUUUUAUUUUUUAUUUUAAUGAAUUUUUUUCCCAGCAUGCCAGCUUGGUUUUAUGUGUUAAAUUGUAUCAGUGUGAGUGGGUCUAAUUUUUAAAUGGGUAUCGAAUUGAAUGUGUGCCAACGAAUUCAUUUGUGGGUUGAAAGAGCCCCCUGCUGGACAUGUGUUUAUAUUGUCAUUGCUUGUAAUUUAAUUGGGGAAAACAAUCUUUCUUUGGGUUAUAAGCUUCAUCAAAUCCCUUCCCUCUGUUGACUACUGUUCUUUCACCACACUAAUUUUCAUAUUGGGCUUAAUGGCUUCCCCUCGGAUACAGUAACGCAGACCUUGACCAAAUCCAAAUGAGACGGCAUUAGCAAACGUAAUAUCUGAACUUUUUGGUGCACUGACGAGAGAAAGAAGCUCUCAGGGUAAAUUGAAUUUAGCUGGAAUUGAUAUUAAUGCGCGCCAGUUUGUGACUUUCACUUUAGCUUAACGGUUUGAUAACGAGGGAGAACAAAAAGAAACGGCUGCUGAUGUCAAGGCCCGCUUCAUUUCACAUCGCUCCGCGUUAAAAUCCAUUUAUUCUUAGUGGGAAAUAUCCGAUGAAUAAAACCUGUCUAAGGAAGGAGGUGUUGAAGCGUUCUUCAAAGGAAACGCUCUCUUACAGCCUCGUGAAAGUUCACUUUUAAACGUCACUUCUUUGUCUGUUGUUUUCACAGUAAUGUAACCCGAUCUGUUGCCACACGUAAUCUAAUCUUGUAAAUAAGCUUGUAAUGAGGGGGAAUAUGGAUAAGCCUCUCAGCAUGGCACCAUGGAUUAAAAAUGUCCGCCUGCUGCUUUUCACUGUAGCCCGCCGCUGCUCCCUGUGUCGAGUGACCUUCAUGCCUGUUUUCGAAAGUCUUUUGUUCGGUUAAACAUCUACCUCACUCUUGGUUUACCACGUCGACAUCGUUAGCUAUUUUGGAAGAAUAAAGAAGAAAAAUCAACACUCACUGUUGCCUUUCACUGGAAAAAAUAAGCAAUUUAAACCUGGUGUGUGUGUGUAAACGGUCCUGGAUGUUAAGAAUCAGAGCCGGUCGACUGAUUCCGAAAUGUUGAAGAGUAGGGGCAGUGAUUCUCCUGUGGGGGGGGUGAUUCUCCUGUGUGUGUGUGGUUACCAGGAAUCAGAGGUUAUAUUUUACACUUUUCUUUGCAACAUCUUUUAUCUUCACACUGAUUAAUGGCACCUGCCUUACACAUGUGCAAUAAAUGUUAUUCAGUGCUUUA